AUGGCUCUUUCAAGUUCAAGCGAUUCGUAUGACAAAUUUGUUUUGUCAUCCUCAUCGGACGAUGGGGCGGAAUUAUUAUUAUUAGCAGUGUCGAUGGUGGUGAAAGCUAUUGUUGAAGAUGCAAAUGAAGGGACUUCCCAACCCCAACCCAAACGGAGGAAAUAUAUUGUUCGUGAACGCGAAACCGCAAACGAUUUGCUGGCAAGCGAUUAUUUCUCACCCGAACCAACAUACUUGAGAAAACCGGCGUUUAGUGAUAUGCAACAAAUUUUGGAACAUCACGCUAAAUAUCAUGGUCUCCCCGGGAUGAUCGGUAGUUUAGAUUGUAUUAAAUGGGAGUGGGAACUUUGUCUAACUGCAUGGCAAGACUCUCACACAAGUGGAUAUCAUGGAAUGCCGGUUAUGAUGCUUGAAGCGGUUGCACCAUAA